UUAGUGUAUGGAAACUUCCGACUUCAACUGUACCACUAUAGGCUAUAUAUACCACUGAAGACUGAGCUUCUCCUACUUAUAUGUAUUCUUUGCAUAUAUUAUCUGUAAAUGGUUUACUAUAGUUUUCUGCAUCGUAUUGGUAGCCUACUUGUUUUUAUUUUGUAGACAAUAUCAAUUUUAUUCUGAGACAAACAAUAUGCCUAGGUCUAUACAGAAGCUCAUGUACAAUCUGAUUCAAUCAUACAUGAACCAUUAGACAGGUAUAACUUGUGAAGUAAUAUUUAUGUAAUUGCCUUUGCAUUUCACCUUCAAUGUACAUGUACUUUACUCUGUAGGAAUCGGGCAAACCAUACAAGAAAAUGACCUAUAAACAAACAACCUGUUCUACAGUAUAAACUGUGUGACACCGAGCCCUGAAUGCUGAUUGGCUAACAGCCGCGGUAUAUUAGACCACAAACAACCUGUUCUACAGUAUACCAUGUUUACCACCAAGCUUCUCUUCUUAUGAGAAGCUGCAAUAGCAGGUUCUUUGUGUACUGAUCAAUCUUAAUAAAUAGCUAUCCUUUAUUAUAGAUAGGCACAACUACACAUCUAACUAUAACAUAGACCAAGACUAGACAAGCUAAAUAUCUAAGUUCAUUAUAGAUUUAGGUCUAGGCCAACUAAAUCAAACCAAUCAUACCAACUAGACAUCUAACUAGUCUUUAGUAUAUCAGUAUAUAGACCAACAUACUUGGCCUCUACCCCUAGAUCCAGACCAACUAGACUUAAGAUCGUGGCCAACUAUGAGACCAAAUAUUGUUGAAAGCCAGUCUGUUUGUGCCAUCAUACCGAUGCUUUGUCACUCAUUGUCAUGCAAACAUGUGUGGCUUGACAAUGAUAGCAGAUCUGAGACCAGGCUAGCUCUAAUCAAGACAAAAUGCUAACAACAUGUCUAGCUAGACAAUAGAUCUAAAACCAAUAGUAAUAGUUGAAAAAAGCACACAUUUUCUGAAUAAAAUGUACCUAUUCCAGUUUAAAAUAUAGAUCUGGGUGUUAGAAAUAGAAGUAAUACAAAAGUAGCCUAAUCCGAUUCCUCUAAAAUAGUAAUACAUUAAGUUAAAUGUCUUUCAACAUAACUGUAGUUGCUAUAAUAUAUAGAUAUUUUUAUGUUGAUUGAUGCAACUUUUAUUUUGAAAAAGCGUUCUACGGGAAGUGAGAGUGAAAAUCCAGUAGGAUUCACGGAUAUCAUUAGGGAUUUUCCUUCAAUUAUUAUUUUUAUUUCGAAGCUGCUUUGCCUCAAGAAAAACAAGUGGACAUAACUAUUUUAACUAGCUAACAAAACACAACCCUGGCCAUGUCUGAGACAUACGACUUCCUGUUCAAAUUCCUAGUGAUUGGGAAUGCCGGAACUGGAAAAUCAUGUCUUCUUCACCAGUUUAUUGAGAAGAGAUUCAAAGACGAUUCGAAUCACACCAUCGGAGUGGAGUUUGGCUCAAAGAUAAUCAACGUGGGGAACAAAUAUGUCAAACUCCAAAUCUGGGACACUGCAGGACAAGAGAGAUUCAGAUCUGUGACGCGGAGUUACUACAGAGGCGCUGCAGGAGCGCUGCUUGUGUAUGACAUCACCAGCCGGGAAACCUACAACGCCUUGACAAACUGGCUGACAGACGCCAGGAUGCUGGCCAGCCAAAAUAUUGUCAUCAUCCUGUGUGGUAACAAGAAGGACUUGGACGCAGACAGGGAGGUCACCUUCCUGGAGGCGUCUCGCUUUGCUCAGGAAAAUGAGCUGAUGUUUCUGGAGACCAGUGCUCUGACAGGGGAGAACGUGGAGGAGGCCUUUGUGCAGUGUGCUAGGAAAAUUCUCAACAAGAUAGAGUCGGGAGAGUUGGACCCGGAGCGGAUGGGAUCAGGGAUCCAGUACGGAGACGCGGCGCUGCGACAGCUGCGCUCCCCUCGCAGGGGACAGGCCGAGAGCGCCCAGGAAUGUGGCUGUUAGUGAACAAGCUCAGUGUGCCCAGAUCAAAGGCAGGUUGGUGAAGACCCAGAUGACAGAUGUAGGGAACAUGAUACAUCGUGGCCGAGCGACUCUUCCCUGACCUUUUUCUAACUUCCCAACUUCCGGAUGUUCCAUCAGUGAUCCAUAGAGAGCCCUGGAUUUCUGGCCCCAAUCUGGAAUGCUGAGCUUGUUCCUGGACCCCUCAGACACAGGCAGAGAUGCCCCUGUUCCAAUCUCCUCUAAGAGUGGACCAAGCCCUUCAAUCAUCUAGGCCGUAUUCAUAAUGCGUCUCUAAGUCAGAGUGCUGAUAUUAUUUAUUUUUCCUCUUAGAUCAUAAUGAAUAAGACAACAUGGACAGGGGACCUGAUCCUCGAUCAGCACACUUAAUCAGAGACGCUAAAUGAUUACGGGCCCUGGAAUUUUACUUACACCCCUGUACUGCUGCCCUAUCCCUACCCACAGCAUCUUGCAUUAUGUACAGUACUAUCUGUAUAAAGAAUAUAUCAUUUAAGUACCUCAAAGCAUGUUUUAUGGACUGAAUAUCACAGUAUUUCAUUAUUUGCUGAAGAAUAAUCAAUCAAUUUUGACAUCACAUUUUCCUUUGUCAUGUUACGGUGAGAAUUAUCAAUCAGGACUGUCUCACGCCUGCUGGUUGCAUCGACCUGUUUGUCAUGUUACGGUGAGAAUUAUCAAUCGGCACUGUCUCACGCCUGCCGUUUCAUUGACCCGUUUGUCAUGUUCUUUGUGUUGAUAUUAUUAGUUGUUUUCCCUAAUUGUUAUGACUCAUGCUUUUAAAAAUGUACUCUCAAUAAUAUAGCUACUCUUUUUUUAAAUAAAGUAUAACAAAAUUGUGUAAAUUGUGA